GUCCCCGCCCCUUUCUCGUCGGCGUCAGCGGCGGAAGAGGAGCACGCGAGCAAUGGCGGCCGGGCCGACGGUGCGGAUCCACCCGGUGGUCCUGUGCUCGAUCGCCGACAGCAGCGAGCGGCGCAGUGAGGAGGCUCGGAGGGGCAUCGGCACCCUGCUGGGCACCGUUGACAAGCAGACAGUCGAGAUCACCAACUGCUUUUCUGUCCCCCACAAUGAGUCAGAGGAUGAGGUGGCCGUCGACAUGGAGUUUGCUAAGAAUAUGUAUGAGCUGCAUCGUAAAGUUGCUCCCAAUGAAGUGAUUGUUGGCUGGUUCGCCACGGGACACGACAUCACUGAACAUUCGGUGUUGAUCCACGAGUACUACAGCCGGGAGGCCCAGAACCCCGUGCACCUCACCGUUGACACCACGCUGCUGAACGGCAGGAUGAGCAUCAAGGCCUACGUCAGUGCGCCUCUGGGUGUUCCUGGGAAGACCAUGGGGGUGAUGUUCACCCCCCUCACUGUCAAUUACGUCUACUACGACACCGAGAGGAUUGGAGUGGACCUGAUCCAGAAGACGAGGAAUAGCCCGUCUCGCACGGUCAGCCUCUCCACCGAGCUGGAGCAGGUGGGGACCUCGGCCGCCCGCAUCCAGGACAUGCUCAGCACCGUGCUGCAGUACGCCGAGGAGGUGCUGUCAGGCAAAGUCACCCCCGAUAACUCGGUGGGGCGGUUCCUGAUCGACCUGGUGAACAAGGUGCCCAAGAUCUCGGCCCAGGACUUCGAGACGAUGCUCAACAGCAACAUCAACGACCUCCUGAUGGUGACGUAUUUGUCCAACUUGACCCAGGCACAGAUCUCCCUGAACGAGAAGCUGGUGGCCCUGUGAUUGGCUGCGGCCACUGGCCUCACCCAGUGUCAGAUCGUCAACAAGCCCUUCCCCCUCUGGACCCCAUGCUAUUAAAUUGUUCUUUAUCGAA